ACGGACUGUUGUACACGACGCAAAGUGUCCGGCGUGAUUACUUUAUUGUCGGAUGAUAACAUUUGCAGACUCCUCCAGUGCAUUUGUGUGUCAUGCUGUCCAUCCGCACAGCAUCUGUCUGGAUCAGGUCUUCAGAGUGGUCUCAAUGUAGAGACGGCCGAAGACCUUUGAAGUGGCUUUUUAUAAAUGUAGAACAGAGAGCGCCAGCAUCAUCCAGCCACAAAAUCACUUCAACUGGAGGAAACGUGGCCCCUGUUUUCUCCAGAGCUCCUGCAUACGGAGACAACGUGGCCAUUAUAGAUCACAGCGGGAGCCACACCUACCGCUCCCUCUACAAAAAUGGCAAAGGCCUGGCGGGACGUAUUACCGAAGCACUCGCCUGUCAAGGGGGAGACCUGCAGGGUAAGCGUAUCGCAUUCCUGUGUGGCAAUGAUGCCUCUUACACGGUGGCGCAGUGGGCGUCCUGGAUGUGUGGUGGCAUUGCCGUGCCACUCUACCGGAAGCAUCCACCAGCGGAGCUGGAAUAUGUCAUCACGGACUCCGAGAGCUCGCUGUUGGUGGCCGGACAACCUUUUACUGGCUCCCUGCAGCCAUUGGCCCAGAAACUAGGGCUGCCCUGUCUGGAGCUCCCUGCCACAUCCAGCCUUGUUUCUAUGGAGUCUGAGGACACGUCCACGGUAUCCGAGGAGAGCAUUUCUGACUGGGCAGAGAGACCGGCCAUGCUGAUCUACACCAGUGGCACCACGGGCAGACCGAAGGGCGUACUUCACACCCACAGCAGUCUGCAGGCCAUGGUUCAGGGUUUGGUCUCGGAAUGGGCGUGGAGUCGAGAUGAUGUCAUCCUGCACACGCUCCCUCUCCACCAUGUACACGGCAUCGUAAAUAAAUUGAUGUGCCCACUGUGGGCGGGUGCAACCUGCGUCAUGCUGCCCGAGUUUCAACCUCAGAAAGUUUGGGAGCAUCUGAUUGGUUCUUCGAGAGCUUCAGGGGUGAAUGUCUUCAUGGCAGUUCCCACUAUUUACUCCAAACUCAUUGAAUACUACGACCAACAUUUCACUCAACCCCGCGUCCAGGAUUUCAUCAGGGCUGUGUGCAAAGAGAGAAUACGGUUAAUGGUGUCUGGUUCUGCUGCUCUUCCUCAGCCGAUUCUGGAGCGUUGGGCUGACAUCACAGGCCAUGUACUGCUGGAGCGUUACGGCAUGACUGAGAUCGGCAUGGCCCUGUCAAAUCCACUCAAGGGGCCACGUAUACCUGGUUCUGUUGGAGUGCCACUCCCGGGUGUGGAAGUCCGGAUCAUGAUGACAAACUCCACCAACGCUGUCAUAGCUGAGGGCAACAGCAAGGGGACGCAGGUGAAGGCCGGUUUAGAAGGGAAGGAUGGCGAGCUGAUGGUUCGAGGAUCCUCGGUCUUUCAGAAGUACUGGAACAAACCUCUGGAGACGUCAGUCGCCUUCACUGCGGAAGGAUGGUUUAUAACCGGUGACACUGCACUCUACAGAGACGGCGUGUACUGGAUCAUCGGCCGCACAUCAGUGGACAUUAUCAAGAGCGGAGGAUACAAAAUCGGCGCUCUAGAUGUGGAGAGACAUCUUCUAGCGCACCCUGAUAUCACAGAUGUGGCCGUGAUCGGUGCUCCAGAUGCUACCUGGGGUCAGAAGGUCACAGCCGUGGUGCAGCUGAGGAAGGGCAAGACGAUGACUCUAGCUGACCUGAAGACCUGGGCCAGAGAUCACAUGGCUUCAUACAGCAUCCCCACGGGGCUGAUCCUAGUGGACGAUAUGCCCAGAAAUCAGAUGGGCAAGGUCAACAAGAAGGACCUGCUACGACAGUUCUUCUCCACUUCGGUCUGAAUGAAGCACACCUGAUCUAGGAUCAGCACACAGAGAUGGGAAUAUCGAACGGAAGCUGUAUCUGGAUCAGUUAUUUGUUUAAGAGACGUUUUAGAGAAAUGUGUUUAUGAUAGCUCGUAGACGGCCGUAAGGGGAGACAACUUUUCCCACAAUGCAACACGCUGCAUUGUUUUUAUGUGUGAGAUGACAUCACAAGAGAAUCGUCGUUGUUUGGUCAAAAUGUGUCAAACAAUGAAUAUUUUUGUAAGAUUGUAUAAUAAUAAAUUAUUUUGAUCAAUA